CGCAAUAAGACAACAAAAACAAAACAGGUUGCAGAUUAGCUAAACAAAUUCGUGUUCUAAUUGCAUAUGAGAUUGUUUAUUUAUCCGGUUGGACCUUGAGCUAACCAAUAACACAGUGCAAAUAACAUUAUCUACUGGAAGCAGAACACGAAAUCACACGUAAAACUGAAAAAAUUAUGAGCUUGGAUAAAUUGGUUUUGCUAAAUAGUCAGACGGCCGGCCGUGAUAAAAUUGCUAGACUUGUGCAAUAUGCCUCGCGUGCUUUAUGGGAUUCGCUGGAGAGUGUUGAUGCCAGUCCGGCUCUAGCGGAUAGCUUCAAAACUGUGGAGUAUAUAUUAAGCACAUUCCGAAAACUUCUGCGUUUCGGUCGCUGUGUGGAUAUAUUUUACUCUUCCUUACGUACCAUACAUUAUCCCGAUCUUACGAUACGCGUGACACUGACAUUGAGCAAACUAUCACAAUCGUUGUUCCUACUCGCUGACCAUUUUAUGUGGUUGGCUCGCACGGGCCUCUUCAAGGGCAUAAAUACAAACCGUUGGGGAAAAUUUGCUAAUAAGUACUGGUUGCUAUCAAUUAUAAUGAAUUUAUGCCGAGAUGUUUAUGAAAUAUUUCAAUUGAUCGACUUACAUAAGGCUGGCUCAAAAAGUGGUAUAACCCGUGCAAGCACUAAAAUGUCGCCUCUAUGCKUGAAUUCAAUGCGCGAUUUUAAUAGAUUGGCUCUACAUUCCUAUGCUUUGGUUUUGAGCCACAAGGAUGUGGCUGUGGAUACAGUGAAAAAUUUAUGUGACUUAUUUAUACCACUAACUGCACUUGGUUACACUAGAUUGUCGCCGCGUACAAUUGGAUUGUUGGGUGCUAUUUCCUCUGCAGCUGGUUUGUGGGCAUUGUUGGAACCGACAGCAAAGUUAACGCCAGCAUAAAUUCAAAAUAUAUUUUUCUUAGAUUAAGCAUUAAAGUAAUGAAACUACUUUUUCCUUAAGAUAUGUGUAUUUUAUAAUGUUGUCUAAAUUCCAAAUUCCACGGUGCGAUCAAAUUGGUUUGUACUCGACAGUUUUUCAUAUAUCACAUAGUUAUAAAUGGAUUUGUAUGUGUUUAUAUUUACGUAUGAAUAGCUUUGAUUUCUUACAGGUUUUCGCUGUUGAAAAUAAAAAACGAUAUAUUCUCUAA